GUGGCUGCCCGCGUCCGCGUCCUGGGGGGGGGGCGCGGGGCGAUGCGCCUGCGGGUGCUCGCCGGCGUGUGCACCGCGGCGGUGCUCCUCGGCGCGCCCCCCGCGGCGGCGGAGGAGGCCGACGAGCUGGGCAGCUUGGAGUCAGAGCUCCAGGAGGCCGCCGAGUGUCUCCUGCACGCGCGGUCCGGGUUGCUCGGCCGUGGCGGCGAGGCGGCGGUCUCCGCGAGCUCGUCAGGGGAGGACGGCGCGGCGCAUGGCGGCCUGGACGGCGCCCGCGAGCACGCAGGCCCAGGCCCUCGCGGCGCACGCGACGGGAGCCGGCGCCCCCCAGAGAUCCGGGCGUCUGCGCCUCUCGCGCGCCGUCUGUCGGACGGGCCUUCGGGCCCAGGGACCAUGUGCAGAUCGAUCCGGCUCGAAAGAUGCUGCAGGAAGAUUCUGCAUGUUUCGGAGGUUGAUAGACCUCCCCUCCCGACACGUCGAUGA